CUUUAACGUGUAUGUCCCGCGACGCCUUUGUGGAGCUCUUUACCAGCUUUGUCCAUGAGGCGCAGACAAGCGUGGGCUUUGACACGCCUGGCGCCAGCGUGCUGCUAGCCAAGGCGCGCGUCGCCCUCGAGCCGCUCCGCGCUACCUGCCACCAGGCCGCGGACGACGUCGCGCAGCUCGAGCAGCGUCUAUCGCACCGACUCGCGCACGACGGCGACGACCGCCGCCGCUUCUUGGCCAUGGACCGACAAGGAACCGGCUUUCUCAGCUACGAUGACUUUCAGCGCGCCUUGGAUCGCCUCAACCUGCCCACCGACCCUGCGACCGUGGCCCGGCUGCUGCUCAAGUACGACCGCAGCGGCCGCGGGUACGUCAAUUACACGAGUUUUCUGCGACUGCGCCGUCUUUCGGAGGCCCCUAUCUCGACGUUGCACGCUGCGCAGGCCCAAGUGCUUGCACUGCCGUGUCCGUCGUCCGACGACCUCGCCGAGCUCGAGCGUUGGCGCCACGAGCGCGCGAUGGCCCGUCUCCGCACCAAGCUCUACGAAAAAAGCACGUCAUUGCGUCAGCUGUACCUGCACUUGGACAAGGACCGCUUUGGCGCCGUCACCGUCGACGAGCUGCAUGACGGGCUGGCCUCCAUGGGCAUUCUUCUUGCCAAGCCCGAGCUCGACGCCAUUGCAGCACACUGUCCCACUCGACACGGCAUGCUCGCUCUCGGCGACUUUUGCCGGCUUGUCGAUGCCCUCCCAGACGAGGCACGGAACGACGACGCGAUCUGGCCUACAAGCUUCGCUCUGCCCACGCCCGCGUCAAGGGACGAGGCCCGAAGAGUACCUCAGCACACGACGGUGCUGGACGACGUGGAGGCGGUACGCGUGCCAUUGGUCGCGGACCUCGUCGCGGAAGGCAAGACAGCGCGGGCGCUCUUUGCCGCGCUCUGCGAUCCGCAAGCGCAUGUGAUCACGGUCCACUCGUUGGAGAGAGCGCUAGCACGACAGCAGCUGCCCAUACCCCCUCGAGAUGCGCUCGUGCGUCUCGUAAGUGCAUACGACAAGACGGGCACCGGAUCUCUGGCGCUGCACGAAUUUUUGCCGCUGCUGCGCCCGUAGGCUGCCACGUAGCAUGCAACUCGGUGUUAUCUUGUGUAACGUCGCUACAUGUCGAUCUUG